UAAGUUAUACUAUAGCUAUAAUUCGAUAUUCAAGUAUAGUUUAGAUUACAGCUUUUUAGUUUUUUUGUCAUUAUUAUUUUAUUUGACACAAUAUAAAAACAAUUAAUAUAAUAUUUAAUAAAAAAAUUAUUGAUAUGAUAUCUAAUAAAACUGUAUGUGAUAUUAAAUUUAGACCUUGUUUUAAUUGCCUCUCUUCAUCGAAAUUAUCCGCCGAUUUCCAAACUCCAAUCCCUAACUCUAACCGAAAACUUGCGGCGUCUCCGCCGAUUUCCACCGGAAGAUUAUUUCUCCGGCGGCCGUUCCGCUAUACUUCGAGGAGCUAGGCGAAGCGUUCGUAGUGUUCGGAUGUUUAGACUUCCCCCACUUGUUGAACCGAGGAGCGGUGAUGUCUAUGCGGAAAAAGGCGGUGGUGGAUAAGUUCGUCAAGGAGCUCAAGGAGGCGUUGGAUUGGAUCAUGAAGGAGAGGGACAUGCAGAGCUACAUCGAGGAGCCGGAGCGCGAGGUCGCCGAGAGGGAGGCCGCUGGAAAGCUGGAACUAUCCCGGCGAGAGGCUGAGAUUGUGCGUCAAGAGGCAAGGCUAAAGAUGGAGAAGGUGAACUUGGAGGAGGAGAAGAGUGUUCUCACAGGCACAGCAUCGAAUCAAGACAACCUAGAUGGCGCGCUGGACAUAACUGUUAGCGGGUAGAAGUAUCGAUGCCUUCUGUUCUCGAAAGCAAAGAAAUGACAAUGAACAGAGAACUGUAAGCUGCAAAAAUCAUAUUUCUUGAAGGUAGAACAACUACUUUUAUUCUUUGUACAUGAAGAAAUAUUAUUUUUACGUAUAAUUUUCUUCAUUUUCUAAAUUAUAAAUAUUCCAGUUACCAAAUUUAUAC